AUGGCUGAGAUCCGCCGCAAGCUCGUUAUCGUUGGUGAUGGUGCCUGCGGAAAGACCUGUCUGUUGAUUGUCUUCUCCAAGGGAACAUUCCCUGAGGUCUACGUCCCAACCGUCUUCGAGAACUACGUUGCCGAUGUCGAGGUUGAUGGAAAACACGUUGAAUUGGCCUUAUGGGAUACAGCUGGUCAGGAAGAUUACGAUCGUCUUCGACCUUUGUCAUACCCUGACUCCCACGUCAUCCUGAUCUGCUUUGCCAUUGACUCUCCUGAUUCCCUGGACAACGUUCAAGAGAAGUGGAUCUCCGAAGUCCUCCAUUUCUGCCAGGGUCUUCCCAUCAUCCUCGUCGGCUGCAAGUGCGAUCUGCGACACGACCCCAAGACCAUUGAAGAGCUGGCCAAGACAUCCCAGAAACCCGUCACGCCUGAGCAGGGUGAGGAAGUCCGUAAGAAGAUUGGCGCCUACAAAUACCUGGAAUGCUCGGCCAAGACAAACCAGGGUGUUCGCGAAGUCUUUGAAUCUGCGACCCGUGCCGCCUUGUUGACCAGAGGAAGGGGCAAGUCCAAGAAGUGCUUGAUCUUGUAA